AAAAUGAUAAUCAAAUGUGGUUAUGUCGAUAUUAUGUGAUGUUAGUUCAAAUGGUUAGAAUGAUGAAACAAAAUGAUAUUUAGAAUUAACACGUUUUUAAAAGUACAGCAACAGUUUAUAAAACAAAAAUAUCUCCAUAAAUAUAUUUUUAAAAUGGAUAAGGCAUACCUACGACAUUUAGAUGAUGAUCAAUUUGAAAUGACUUUCAAAUACCAAAACCCAGAGCUAAAAGUGAAUAGACCUUUUAAUUUUAAUCGAAAACUCUCCGAAACUGUCGAAACAUUCUCAAGUAGAGUUUCAAUUAAUGUAGGUAAAGUUAUUAACAAGAAAAAUAAGAAAUGUAAGGACCAAGAGACAAGUCAAGCAAAUCAGUUGCUGGAUGUAACAUGGAUUUUGAAUGACAAAGAGGUGGAAAAGGAUACACUUUGCUGUAUAGUAUUCCAACCUGGAAAUCGUGUUGUCAUGAAAAUAGUUGAUAAACCAUUCCAAGUUAUAGUUAAUUCUCCAUGGGUAGAUGCCAUGUCCUUACCCAUGUCAAUUUUAGCAAGUUUUCCUACUUAUCCUUCCAAGUUUGAAACAGUCUUCACAAUGAAAGCUUUAUCGACAUUUACUUGGUCCAAAUCUAAAGAUGAAAAGUCUUGGAUAGACGUUGGUAAUGAUUUUGUUUACACACCCUGUAACGACGAUAUUGGUCAUUAUUUAAAGCUUAGCUGUAUACCAAGAAAUGAACAAUCAGAAGGGCCAAGUGUUGAAACUGUUUCUGUUUGUAAGGUUGACGCAAGUCCAGGACAGUGUCCAUUUGAAGUGAGGCAUCAGUUCACUAAAGAAAGGACGAAAAACAAUGAGGUUCGUGUUGUUACUUACAAUAUCCUAGCUGACCUAUACUGUAACUCAGAUUAUACUCGGACAGUUUUGCAUCCCUAUUGUCCACCGUAUGCACUGGAAAUUGACUAUAGGAAACAGCUCAUUCUGAAAGAAAUAAUAGGGUACAACGCCGAUAUUAUUUGUCUUCAGGAAGUCGACAGGAAGGUUUAUAAAUAUGACUUGCAAACAGUAUUAGAACAUUUGGGAUAUGGAAGCGAACUAUCUCUAAAGGGAGGAGAGGUAGCAGAGGGACUGGCUUUGUUUUAUUCGAAGGAACGCUUUCGUUUACUGGAAACAAAUAGGCUGGUUCUUUCGGAGCAUAUAUCCACAGAUGAACAGUUUUCGGAUAUUUGGGAGAAAAUAUCUACUAAUGAUAAGCUCGCUUCUAGGAUAUUGGAUAGGUCAACAACUUUGCAAACAAGUGUUUUAGAUGUUUUGGGACAAGACGAAGUUUUGGUGGUAGCAAAUACUCACUUAUACUUCCAUCCAGAUUCUGACCACAUAAGGUUGUUGCACGGUGGUUUGUGUAUAAGAUAUCUCGAGAAUUUUGUCAAGGAAAUGAAAAGAAAGAUACCUAAUAAACGAGUUUCUUUGAUAUUUUGUGGAGAUUUUAACAGUGUACCAGAAUGUGGCAUCUACAAGUUAUUCACACAAGGAGAGGUUCCAAAAGAUUUCAUUGAUUUUCAAAGUAACAAAGAGGAAUCUAUAAACAAUGUAGAACUGAAACAGCCCUUCCAAUUAGCUAGUGCAUGCGGAACUCCGAAAUACACAAACUUCACAGCAGGGUUCCAGGAGUGCCUGGACUAUAUUUUUUAUGAAAGGAAUAAUUUUCAAGUCGCCCAAGUAGUACCUCUACCGAGUUACGAAGAAGUUUCUGCAAAUAUAGCGUUACCGAGUGUAGUUUUCCCAUCAGAUCAUAUUGCUUUGGUGUCUGAUUUGAAGUGGUUAUGAAAUACUGAGAAUAUAUUUCAGAGAGUUUUUUACAUGUGAUAUAUGUGUAUGGACUCUCCACUAAUGUAAUUGGAUACUAAUUUGAACAAGAUCAAUUUAUAUUCUAUUGACUACUCAGUUUGGGGACAUAUGUACAGGUUAUCUUCAAAAAUAAACACAGUGAGAUA